CGUCCUCACGCAUGCUCAGUUACAAAUCCAAUGGAUCUGCUUUAAAUCACACAGAAGACAACGCAGCGCCUGGAACAGAUACGUAUCCUUCAAGUUCUUAAAUUAGCCACAUUAAGCUUCGAGAUACCGCCCCCAAUUUCAGUGUCGGUACGGAGCCGCCAGGCCGGGACAGAGACGGAGAGAGAGCCCUCGGCCAUGGAAGCGCUCGGACCCGGCGGGGGAAUGGAGAGGUUUAUCACACGACAGAACAGUCAGAAGACAUCAGACGAUAUUGUUGACAAGGUCGAGGUCAUUGACUUGUCGUCUGCAACAGCUGCCUUACAGUUGCCAGGCCCGCCUGCCCCUACCUCCCUUUUCCAGCCACCACGCCGGCCCGGCUUGGGCACAGUGGGGAAGCCGAUUCGCCUGCUGGCCAAUCACUUCCAGGUGCAGAUUCCCAAGAUCGACGUCUACCACUAUGACAUUGAAAUCAAGCCAGAGAAACGACCCCGGCGGGUCAACAGAGAGGUGGUGGACACCAUGGUGAGACACUUCAAGAUGCAGAUAUUUGGGGACCGGCAGCCUGGAUAUGAUGGAAAGAGGAACAUGUACACGGCUCAUCCACUGCCUAUCGGGAGAGACCGGGUGGAUCUGGAAGUGACACUGCCAGGCGAAGGGAAGGAUCAGACCUUUAAGGUUUCUCUGCAGUGGGUGUCGGUGGUCAGUCUGCAGAUGCUCCUGGAGGCUCUGUCCGGUCACCUGAACGAGGUUCCUGAGGACUCCGUGCAGGCUCUGGAUGUCAUCACACGCCAUCUUCCCUCCAUGAGGUACACUCCUGUAGGCCGCUCUUUCUUCUCUCCCCCUGAAGGUUAUUACCAUCCGCUAGGUGGAGGAAGGGAAGUGUGGUUUGGGUUCCAUCAAUCUGUUCGUCCAGCCAUGUGGAACAUGAUGCUCAACAUCGAUGUUUCAGCCACUGCAUUCUAUCGUGCCCAGCCAGUUAUUGAGUUCAUGUGUGAGGUUCUAGACAUCCAAAACAUUAAUGAGCAGACCAAGCCCCUUACAGAUUCUCAACGUGUCAAGUUCACCAAGGAGAUCCGAGGGUUGAAAGUGGAGGUUACACACUGUGGGCAGAUGAAGAGGAAGUACCGCGUGUGCAAUGUUACCCGCCGCCCAGCCAGCCACCAGACGUUUCCCUUGCAGCUAGAAAAUGGACAAGCCAUGGAAUGUACUGUAGCUCAGUAUUUCAAACAGAAGUACAGUCUACAACUUAAAUACCCCCAUUUACCCUGCCUUCAGGUGGGGCAGGAACAAAAGCACACGUACCUUCCCCUUGAGGUCUGUAAUAUUGUAGCAGGCCAGCGGUGCAUAAAGAAGUUAACUGAUAACCAGACUUCCACCAUGAUCAAAGCCACAGCCCGCUCAGCUCCCGACCGCCAAGAGGAGAUCAGCAGGCUGGUCAAAAGCAACAGCAUGGUGGGUGGCCCUGACCCCUACCUUAAAGAAUUUGGCAUCGUGGUGCACAAUGACAUGACUGAGGUGACGGGGCGGGUCCUCCCAGCGCCCAUGCUGCAGUAUGGGGGCCGGGUGAGUACAGACACUGGGAGGGACUGUGGCAGGAACAAGACGGUGGCUACGCCCAACCAGGGCGUGUGGGACAUGAGGGGGAAGCAGUUCUAUGCAGGCAUCGAAAUUAAAGUGUGGGCCGUGGCCUGCUUUGCCCCUCAGAAACAGUGUAGAGAAGACCUGCUCAAAAGCUUCACAGACCAGUUGAGGAAGAUCUCCAAGGAUGCUGGCAUGCCCAUUCAGGGCCAGCCCUGUUUCUGCAAGUAUGCCCAAGGAGCAGACAGUGUGGAGCCCAUGUUCAAGCACCUUAAAAUGUCUUACGUUGGCUUGCAACUCAUUGUUGUCAUCCUACCUGGGAAAACCCCUGUCUAUGCGGAGGUAAAGCGUGUUGGAGAUACUCUGCUGGGAAUGGCAACCCAGUGUGUCCAGGUGAAGAAUGUGGUGAAGACCUCCCCUCAGACACUCUCCAACCUCUGCCUCAAGAUCAAUGCUAAACUGGGUGGCAUCAACAAUGUUCUGGUACCCCAUCAGAGACCAUCUGUAUUCCAGCAACCGGUGAUCUUCUUGGGCGCUGACGUCACUCACCCCCCAGCAGGUGAUGGGAAGAAGCCGUCCAUAGCAGCAGUGGUGGGCAGCAUGGACGGUCACCCAAGUCGCUACUGCGCCACAGUGCGGGUGCAGACUUCGAGACAGGACCUGUCCCAGGAGCAGCUAUUCAGCCAAGAAGUAAUCCAAGACCUCACCAACAUGGUGCGUGAGCUGCUCAUUCAGUUCUACAAAUCCACUCGCUUCAAGCCCACACGCAUCAUCUACUAUCGUGGAGGUGUGUCCGAGGGACAAAUGAAGCAGGUUGCAUGGCCAGAGCUGAUAGCCAUCAGAAAGGCCUGUAUCAGUCUGGAGGAAGACUACAGGCCAGGGAUCACGUACAUCGUAGUGCAAAAACGUCAUCACACCCGACUUUUCUGCUCCGACAAAGCUGAGCGAGUUGGGAAGAGCGGUAAUGUUCCUGCAGGCACCACGGUAGACAGCACCAUCACGCAUCCCUCAGAGUUUGACUUCUACCUGUGCAGUCAUGCUGGUAUCCAGGGCACCAGCCGCCCCUCACACUACCACGUGCUGUGGGACGACAACUGCUUCACUGCAGAUGAGCUGCAGCUUCUCACCUACCAGCUGUGCCACACAUACGUGCGCUGUACGCGCUCAGUGUCUAUCCCAGCACCAGCGUACUACGCCAGACUCGUCGCCUUCCGCGCCCGCUACCACUUGGUGGACAAAGACCAUGACAGUGCGGAGGGCAGUCAUGUAUCAGGCCAGAGUAACGGUCGUGACCCUCAGGCCCUCGCCAAGGCAGUCCAGAUUCACUAUGAUACCCAGCACACCAUGUACUUUGCCUAACUGCUUCAAUCAGCAGUACAUGCACUUCUCUCUCUCUCUCUCUCUCUCUCUCUCUCUCUCUCUCUCUCUCUGUCUUCAUCCACAACCAAAGCGGUUCUAAAGCCAGAGGGCUGGACACGUCUGAAUCAAGCGUUCGCCCUCCAUGGAACUGCCCACCAGCAAUCCUGCACUGAGAGACCACUAGUCUCCAAGGCACAGAAUAAAUCAAAUUGAGCCAUUUUAAGAAUUUUAGUUUUUCAGUUUUGAAUGUCAUUUUCUUUUCUUUUUUUAAUUUGUAAUAUACACUGAGUGUGAGCAAACCUGCGCCAUUUUUGUCGUGACAGCUCUGGCUCUCUCAGCUAAGCUGGACUUUGUCUACUUUUACCUCAGGCCACUGUUGGCUCAAACUUGUCCUUUUUAUGAUCGUAUUUUAACUCUCUCUCCGCUCAGUCUUUUACAAGCGAGGUGAUCUGGGUAUCAUACCCAUUACUCUUCUCCCAUUUGUGUGUGUGUGUGUGUGUGUGUGUACGUUUCAUGGCAGGCCACUGAAUUGUAAAGGGAAAAAUCAAGGAGUUAACUGCUGUAAAUGCCUCAGUUUAUUUUAUAGUGCUCAUAUAUAUACAUAUAUAAAAAAGACACAUCUAUAUAUAAGCUUAUUUCAGUAGAUUUACAUUUUCGCAGGAUUGCAUAAGCUGAUGGUUAUGUGUAGCAGGAAUUAUCCAUGGUCUCAGCUGUGUGACUGAGUAUCAAGCCGGGACACUGAGGUCUUAUUAUAAGUUCCUUUGUGUCUGUGGCAAAGUUAGAAACACGUAUGUACUUUGAUGAAUGGAUACGUAUAAGGUGCAGGGAUGGUUAUGGACGUACAGCCGGCCCAUCAAGGCUAGCGUAGUAGGCAAAAAAAAAAAAAAGGGCAAAGCUUGCAAAAAUAACUGCACUCUCCCUUACCUUUUAUGCAUUUCUACAAGACUCAAGUCAGAUUUGUAAGAGUUUAAUAUAAAACCUUUUGUGGUUAACUGUUAGUGUUCAAAGUCGGUCAUUGUUACUGUUGUAAUGUUGCUGUUAUGUAUAUCAGACUGUCAGAAUCUCAGUUGCAUAAAGAGUUUAUCCGGGAGUUGUUUCGAUGGUGUUGGGUGAAUCCGGUUUCUUAGCUCAACAUGUUGUAGCAUUCUGUCCAUGGUUGUGGGACCCAAAGCGCUUUGGUUGGUGUUCCUUUUUUCAGUUUCAGGUGAUAUCAUGUAUGAUUUUUAUGUAUUGGAAGUAAUGAAUUAUUGUGGCAAAGAUUUUGCUUUGACUGUGUUUCUGCUCCCACAUGUCAGACAGUGGCUUGGUGGAGAAACUGUUUAGACAAGGAAGGAUGAAAUGACAAUCAGGGCUCAGGGGGAUUGUUAGAGCUGUUUAAAAAGUUGGCCAUUAUUUGAAUUUUACACAUGUUUUAUCGCUGUUGUGAGUGAGUUGAACAUGUUUAUGUAUAGAUAAAGUCUGAAGGUGUGUAUGUGUUUUAUAUAAUUUUUAUUUUUCCUUUGGAGGUGGAAAAAUGCAAACAUUGUAUUAUUUGCUAAGCGACACAAGCAUAAGCACUGCCUAUGAUGUAUGAUUUUGACAAUGCCUGACUUGGUGUGGUUGAAUGUUGGGAAGCCUUGUCCCGGGUUAUGUCGUGUUGUUGGGCCUCUGCGUGCGUCUUGUCAGGUGGGCAGCUCAUCAAAAACCCUUUUGUAAUAAACCAUCUAUAAAGCCACAGGUUUGCUAUGAAUGAGUUUGAGCUCUCGCCUGUUUAGGACGUGACUGUGGCCUGUUGAGAAGGAUGGGACAAUGGCAUCACUCGCAAUAAGUUUGAUUAAGGUGUUGGGCAAUUUCAUGUUAUACAGAUUUUCUAAUGUUUAUCCCAUAGCGUACCAUAUUUGGCAGAACAAUCGUGCCUCAAUAAGCAGGUUGUUAAAUGGUAAAAUGACUAAUUCCAAUUUCAUAUUAUGGCACAGCAAUAUACAUCAGAUGAUCAAAAAUAAUGCUAUAAUUAUUCUCGUUGAUGUGGCUGUUGGUAUGAUUGCCCAUGGACAUUGUGUGUUUGUGGGGUUGUUUUUUGUUUGUUUGUUUUUGCUUGUGUCAAUCAGUGGGAAUGUGCAUUUGGUGGACUAGCUCUUUAGGCUCUAUGGAAAGCUAUACAUUUUAGACUUUGCUUGCUUGCAUGCCAGAGUAUUGUCCUAAAUCUAUUACAGAAUAUUUAUUGUCUCAGAAAAAGGAAAAAAAUUACUUCUGUAAAGGUGUAUGAAUUAAUUGAGACUGCUUGUUUUUAGGGUAGCAAUAUUGACCAGUCUCUUUUGACAAGAUUUGAUAAUUCCGUCACAGACGUCAGUAAGUCCUGUGGGUCAGGCUGGAUGCUGUGAGGGAGUGCCGAGUUCAGUCUUGACAAACUCAAACGAGGUACUUUUUUUUUUUUUUUUUUCCUUCCCCUCCCCUUCUUGGUGUCUUGCAGCACCAAGACUGGCAUGUCACCCCCUCUGAUAGUCCACAAUAUGCCACAUGGCUGCUCAGCUCAGGCCCUGUUGAUGACACUCACUCUCAGCAUCCAGAAGCUCCAGGAUUACACAAGAAUUACCUCUUUUUAACCUUUUGACCCAUGGUUUCUCACUACUUCCCUGAUUUUAAGAGAGCAUGAAUUUUUAAAAAUCUCCUCUUUAUAUAUCAAAGAUUUGUUAUUGGACAAAAGUGUAUUGUAAUUUAUUUCUUUUUUUUUUUUCUUUUUUUUUGUGCGUGUAGCUUUUGUGCUGUAUUUUAAUGUUUUGAGCUGUGUGACCUGUCUAGUAGCAAUAGAGGGUGCUCUUGUUGACCUGCUGGGGCUUCCUCUGGCCUCUCCUAUUAGGGUGCCACAUCACUUGGUGUAUUGCUAUUUGACAUUUUUAAAAAAAAAAAAGAAAAGAAAAAGACAAUUCCCUUUUUUUUUAGCCUGCAGGGACUAUUCGUGUUAUUGUGCAAAGUAAUAAACUGGUAUUUUACGCCUA